AUGCGUGUUGUUGCAAAUUUAUCAACGAUGUUUCAAAAUGUUGAACUCAUAAAAAGAUAUGAAAAAGCGGCGAAAUUGGGAUUUCGUUUUGUUGAAAUUUCGUUGCCAUAUGAGGUUAAAGCUGAGGAAUUGAAGCGAGAAGCCGAUCGACAUUCAUUAAAACACAUUCUUAUAAAUGCUCCAGCCGGUGAUUGGUCGUCUGGUUUCCGUGGUAUCGCUGCUUUACCUUCGUGCCAGUCGGACUUCCCUGACAGCAUAACAACUGCAAUAGAAUAUGCUAAUAUUCUUGAAUGCAAAAAGUUUAAUCAGUGCUUGGUGGCUGUUAACAAUCCUCUUACAUUUAUACCUAUUCAAGGACAAGUUCAUAUUAUGGCUGGUGUAACUGAAAUCAAUGAUGAAUCAAUGACAACUUAUAUGGAAAAUAUUGCCUAUGCAUGCGGUGCUUUAGCUGAGCAUGGAAUUAUGUGUCUUAUUGAACCAAUUAACCAAAUUACGAUUCCGAAUUAUUUUCUUGGAUCAUACGCUCAAGCUGUAGAAAUAUUGCAACGAAUUGGCCAUCCAAAUUUGAGGAUAACGUUGGACAUAUUUCAUGCUCAACAAAUUUGUGGGAAACUUACAAAUACCAUUACGACGUUAUCGAAUUUCAUAGGUCAUGUUCAAGUCGCUCAAGUCCCUGGUCGUAAUGAACCUAAUUCUAAUGGCGAAAUAAAUUAUCAGUACGUUUUUGAAAUUUUAAAACGAUAUGGUAUUUGGGAUAUCGGAUGCGAAUACAGCGAGAGCAGUGAGCUGGCAGAAUCUGUUGAAUGGGUUCAUUUGAUAAAUGGUAUUGAUAAAUGUUUAUUGUCUUUCAUGAAUCCGACACCUUCUCAUGAUCAUCUUGAUUGGAUGAACUAG